GCGAGAUCGGGCCGGGAAUUGAAUCUCGUGUUUGUUUUUUUCUUCAAAGGAACGCGAGUGAGUGCUCAAGAAAUUGCAUUUUUCCGCAUAAAAUUGUCCAAGUUUUUUAACAAAUUCAUAACAAAAAGUUGCCCACGAUUGAGGAGCGCAUGACGUAGGAGACGACAGCAGCCCAAAUGGAUCAGCCAAAUCACUCUGUGGGCCGCAAUCGUGGGCGAUACAACCAUCGCAAAGAUGAUGCCUCCGGCUUCAGACGUGGCGGAAAUGAUGGGUAUUCUGAGAAGGAAGGUGGUGACAGAAAUUCCCACGGUGGACGACGCAAUAGAAAGCCUGAGCAGCAAUUUUAUAUCCCUAAGCAACAGCAAGAGCAAUUUCGGGGAGAUUUCCGCGAUGAACACUCAGAUAUGAUGAGUGAUGGGCGAAAGACGCCGAAUAUGGCAAAUCCCCGUGGAGAUUUCCCAGAUGAUGCCGAUGGCAGGGGUGGUGGGAAGCAGAAUCACCAGAGAGGUGCAAAUUUUCAGCGGAAUCAGCGUCAAGGUGCACCGAAUAGUACCAAUGCGGGGUACAAUGCUGGGAAUCGUGGGAAGCACCAAGACACCUAUGGGGGGAAUCAGCGGCAAGUUCGUCAGGCGUCUGAGCCGCGAAUUGUCCCGCAGACACUGCCAAACUACUACCAUGGCUCAAAGGAGAGGGACACGCGUAGUGUUGAACCGAAUUUGGCAGCUCGUGAACCGGGAAAGAAGCCACCGUCGGGACGACGCAACUCCGCGACGGGUGAUAAAGCUCCCAUGGGGAAUUUCUGUCGACUCCCACCGAAUAUUGGGACAAUGCCGCCGAGAUUCCAGAAGAAGAUUCUGCAGGAGUACGGUUUGUCGUUGGAUCUGCUCAAUCCACCACCGGCUGCUCCUGAGACCAACAAUCGCGAUGGGAGAUCCAUUGUCUUCACAGGGUCCAAUCAUCAUGCUCAGAGUUCAUCGAACUGGUCUCAGACGCUGCCAAUGCCACCACGUGGGGCACGGGGGCGUCAGAGGAAGGACUCCGAUGUGACGGUUGAGAAUGUUCGUUCCAGGAGUCGCAGUUCUGAAGUGAAUCGACAAUCAAAGGUUAAUGACAGACUGAAUCAGAGGCCGUAUGAUGAUGAGCGGGACUACCACAGACGAUGGGGUAAUGAGGACACCAACCAGCGAGGCAAUCAGCGAUACCGUCAAGGUGAUGAAGGACGUUCUCCAGUGAGGAAUCGUCACGGGAAAAUGAAUAAAACGCACGUUAAUCACAAAGAGGAAGAGAGAAUCACCGAAGAAGUUAAGAAACCCGAACCUCUUUCAUAUCCCAUCACAACUAUCCCUCAUUUGGACUGGGCAGCAGAAGUGGAGAGUGUUGACAAUGAGAAGAAGCAACAAAAUGUUCAAGUAGCUCAAGCUCAGACACCGGACCAACCAAAAUCUCAUCGACGUCGCGGGAAAAAUAGCUCAAGGAAUUCAGGGGGGUCUGCACACAAAGAACCUGAGCCCGUGUUCAAGGUUCCCGCGUACCCGGGACGUCGCAAUAGCCAGGGAAGUGUGCCAGGGAGUCGAGAAAAUAGCCAGGAUCGUGGGUACCGUCAACGGACCCACUACAAUCGCUCACGUAAGAACAGCUAUGAGUACGAUAGUGUUUCCCGCGAAGCCAGUACUGAGCGCUAUUCUGGACGCGAUGGCUCACGCAGUAGUCGCAACAGAAAGAGGAACAUGAAUUCGUGGUCAAGUCGCGACAAUAGUGCCGAAACGCACUUCAUGAAAACCUCCCAGGAGAGUUUGCACAGCAUUCGCGAUCCAACCAAUUGGCGUCGGGAGAUUAAUCUCGAUGAGGAAUUCAAGAAUAUCAGCAAUCAGAUAAGCACCCUCAACAUUGAGAGUGAGAAAGUGUCAAAGCCAGGAAUGAUUGUUCUGCCGCAGGGAGCAAAAACACAGCAGAAUCCACCGCGAAGUGCACCACAGAAGAGUCCACAGCAGCCAAAGACGCUCUUCGAUCCGAAGAAUCCCAAUCAGCCAAUUGUGGUGACUGCACAGGGUAGGAAUUACACGCCACCCGAUGCAGCUAAUCAUGCAACGGAAAACUACGCAGUUGCUGAUCAGAGCCAAUACGCUGGGGACAAGUACUACACUAGCAAUUCGAAUCCUGUAUGGUACAAUCCAGCAUCUGAAGCUUACAGGCAGGUACACAAUUGUGAUUUGAUCGAUAGCCUCGUGCAGACAGAUCAUCAAAUCCAGGAACUUCUCGUGAAUGGUGUUCUGUUCCGUGAGUGGGAUACUUUUACGCUCAAUCGUCGGUGCUUGAAGCAACUUCUGGAGCAAUUCCUUCUGCGUGAACUUAAAUUCUGUCAGCAGCACAAUGUUGAGCAGCACAUUUGGAAGCUGCUGUACUACAAUACCAUUGAGAUGCUGCGGAAACUUCAUGCGGAGGAUGCAACGGACGAUGGGAGGGCAUUCUACAAGGAUAAAUGCCUCGAGCUCAUUGAUGAGGGUAGUGUGUUCUUUGAGAAACUCCUGCGGAAGUUGGAGCAAAAGUACAAUUUCUCCGUUGAGAGUUUUGUGGGCGUGAAUGCGGGAACAACGGCAAAGGGGCUCAAGAUGAUUAGUUUGGCUCUUGUUUCCGUGCAGAAGCUCCUGCUCUUCUUGGGAGAUUUGGCACGCUAUCGAGAGCAAAUUCUCGAUACAAAUGGCUAUGGGAAGGCACGACAGUGGUAUAUGAAGGCACAGCAGAUUUUGCCGAGCAAUGGAAGGCCCUACAAUCAACUAGCGGUCCUUUCAAUUUACUCAAAGCGGAAAGUUGAUGCUGUUUAUUUCUAUAUGCGGAGUCUCAUGUCAUCCAAUCCUUUCAAAUCUGCCCGAGAGAGUCUCCUGGCGUUGUUUGAUGAGACACGCAAAAAGUAUGAGAACAGCCAGAGGAAGCGUGAGGAGAAGAAUCGUUUGAGACUGAAGGAGAAGGAACAUCGUUUUGGGGGUCCUCUUAGGCGUGAAACAUGGAUCCAUCCAGAGGGUGGACGAAGAAUCCAUCGAACAUCACCCCUCGAUCCAGCUGCCAAUCGCAGUGGGGAUACGAGUGAAGAGGAGGAACUUGAGAAUUUGGAACCCAUUGAGCUCAAUAAACGCUUCAUUACGAGCUACUUGCAUGUCCAUGGAAAAUUGAUUACAAAAAUUGGCAUGGAAUCUUUUACACAGUGUGCUGUUCAAAUGCUGAGAGAAUUUCGGGCUCUUCUCCGAAUCUCACCAAUUCCCAUCACAUCAUUGCGACUUUUGCAAUUGGCAUCACUCAAUAUGUUUGCCAUCGACUGUACCCAGCUUAGAGAUCCAUCAAUAGCGCCCGGAGGACGAUCUGAGAUUCAAGAGUGUGCAAUUUCAAUUGCUCUCAUAAUGUUUGGGAUAAUGCUUGAGCGAUUCGUGACGAUAAUCAGGGAGACGCUAUCGCCGGGUUCGACGCUGUCCACGACAAGUGGGAGUCGACAGGUGUUUGGGCCAAUUAUCACUCUCGAUGGUGAGAAUAUUCUUCCCACGGCGACAGGAAAGGGCAACAGCACCAAGAAUGAAUCCGGAGAGGCAGCAAGGGCGAGUGGGGCGAAAGAGCAUGAGAACAGUCGGAAUGGGAAGAAGCUUUUAGUGCUAAAUGAGGAUGCUCGCGUUAUGCUGCCGUCGAUUAAGGUUUGGUGCGACUGGUUGCUGUGUCAUCAUGUUGUAUGGAAUCCUCCACCCACAUGUUCUGACUACAAACUUGGUUCUAGCGCAAAUCACGAUCCAUGGUCCAAAUUGGCAUCUCUUGUGGUGAUUCUCGAAAAUGUAGACAUUAAUCGUGAUAUUCUCUCCACCGAAAGGAAGAACGAUUACGAGAUUGUGCGACUGCAGGAAGAUAUAGCUUUAGCUGGUUUCACACCACUCAUGUACAAGGCUCCCGAGGAGAUUUUUUGUCACAGGGACGACGAUAUUGAAUCAGCUCAGGAUGCUUUGCGUUUGCAGAAGAUUUUAUUUGUUGGCACAGAUUAUUUGUGUUCUUGUGAACCGCCCGUCCUGAAAAAAGUCACUUACGAAGAUGGUACGGCGGAGUACAUAAGUGUGGUGCAAAAUAGAACUGACGAGUCGAGUGAUUCGGAGAUGUUAGUGGAAAGUUUUAGUGAUGAUGAGAAUGAGACACAGACGGUAGACAAUCAAGUUGAGAAUGUUGAUUUGUGUAGCGUAGAAAAGACAUCUGAGUGCGAUGUGAUGAAGGGUGAUAAGGAAGAAUUGUCGGUAUUGAGUAAAUUGGACAGUCUGUCGAAUUGUACGGACAGUACGGCUGAGAUUAGAAAACUACUUCGACGGAAGGAUGAAUUGGAGCGGAGUCACAAGAUGCAGGAGCGCCAGAAUCAGAGAUUGCAGGAUAUUUUACAAAUGAGUACGGUUUCAGUAAAUAUAGAAGUACGUCCUAAGUUCCUAAUUCCGGACACAAAUUGCUUCAUUGACUUCCUGGAGCAACUUAAGGCAAUAGCCAGUGCACAUCCACUGUAUCAGCUGAUGGUGCCACUUGUCGUACUGAAUGAGCUCGAGGGAUUAUCGCGGGGACUCAAGGGCAGCAUAGCUACUAAGAGUACCUCAAAUAUUCAAAGUGGCAACAAUUUGCUAACGGUUAAUACACCGCUGGCACCGACACUCACCAUCUUCCCAUCCACCUCAAUGUCAGUUAGCAGCAAGUCUGAUCCUAAGCAUGUGGCAAUGGUGGCGGAAGCAUCGAAAAAUGCCCUCAUGUUUCUCAAGUCGAAAAAUCCAGCCGUGAAGUGUGUUACAACAAAGGGUUCAGUUCUCAAUUCAUCCGUAUUCACUGUGGAGGAUGACAAUAGUGAACCACUGUCCAAUGAUGAUAAAAUUUUAGCUACUGCUGUGCAUUUGUGCAAGAACAAUGCUGAAGAGGACAGAGAUGGCACACGAUAUAUUGUGAGAGAAGUUGUUUUGCUGACAACAGAUAGAAAUUUGCGCGUAAAAUCACUAUCACGAGAUGUACCUGUCAGGGAAUUGCCUGAUUUUAUCAAAUGGGCUGGACUGGGACCCUGAUUUGCUUUGUUUUGUUGUUAAAACCCCGAAGAGAGAAUGAUGCUCUUGUGCAAAAGUAGAUUUUAACUCUUGAUGUGUGUUGAUGUUUGAUCGCUGACCACGAUAAGUUAUUUGAGGCGCGGGUGAUCUUUAGCUGUGCUGCGCGAUGGUAAAGUUACAGAAAUAAUUGCAAAGAGGAAAGAAUAGUAAGAUUUUUGUUUUUUUUUUUAACGAGAAGGUGUGAGUACUUGUGACGUGUAACUGUUUUUUUUGGUUAGUUUAUUAUUAUUUUUUUAAUAGAAUAAGAUUUAAAAAAAAAAGAGCUGUCUCUAUAUAUUUAAAAAGAAAAAAAAUGACCGUAAGAAGAUUUAGGACAAAGUGAGAUACGAUGAGACUAUAAAACGUAUAUAGUAACUGAUUUAAGCAGACAAAUUGUAAUUAGCAAAGUGGUACUUAUGUAGGUAAAAAGAAAGAUGAAAAAAAGAAAAGAUUUAUUACAACAAUAAGUUUACAAUUCUCAUUGCACCAUAAAGAGAUGUGAAAGAAUGUUAUAUUAUUGAUAAAUGUAAUUCCUUUUGAGUGUUGAAAAAAUGAAGAUGAUAUCCUUAUAUAUAUUUUAUAACUCAUAUAUAUCAUUUUCUUUUUAUUGAUCUUUUUAACUUUUUACAUCCAUAAUUCUUCAAUUAAGAUAUAAAAUAAUAUUGCAACCAUUAUAUAGAUUAGUUGAUUGGCCAAAUCAUCAUUUCUCACAUGCACAAUCCACUCAUUUUUACUCUCCGACAUUUUUGCAAGAGAGAAUCUUUAAAAGAUCGUGUUUCAUGUAUUUUUAUGAAAAUGUCGUUGAAAAUAAUCUCUGUUUUAUUUUUCAAUUACAACACAUAAUUAUUAUGUCUUGUCUAUUUUUGCCGCAUGGAAUUAAAUGAAGAUUGUUUUACAGUGAUUAUCCGUUCAUAAAUGAUAACUGAUUUUCUUAAUAUAAUGUAUAAGUGAGAUACAACGUAUAUAAAUGGGAGAGAGAUCACUGGCAAAUUAAUAUCAAGUAUAAGAGAAUAAAAGAAAAAAAAAAGAAGCGAAAUAAAAACAAUUUAAGUGAGAUUCUUGUACAUUUGCAGAAAGAGAUAAUAAAAUGUAUUUUAUUAGACCAA